AUGAAACGCAACCGGGGGCGGCCGCCUAAAAUUUCGGUACCGCCGGCAACGCUGAAUCCUUCACCACCAUCACCACCGAUGCAGGAAGAAAGCCCACGAACAAAUAUUGAGUCAGAGACAUCCAUGGAAGUAAAUGAAGAGGAAGCUAGCUCUUCAGAAACCAUGGCAAAGACGAACCCAGAAACCCAGAAUCGGAAGCUGUGGGUUGAUGUGCUAACAGAGAACAGGAACAAAACUAAAGGGUUGGAAAUGAAGUAUAUCGCCCCUACAGUUAUUGAUGGAAGAAUGGAAAUUGAAAUCGAUGAGGAGGACGCAAACCGCGAAGCCCAACACUGGAAAAACUCGCUAAUCAUGUACGUAUUGGGAGAUGACAUAAGUAUGCAUUCGGUAAAGAACUUCAUGACAAAAACCUGGAAUGAUGUUCAGCUACCUAACAUUUUCUACCAUGAUGAAGGGUAUUUCAUACUUCGGUUUAAUACAUAUGAAGAGAUGGAAUCUGUACUUAUGAAGGGGCCAUAUACCUAUAGAGGAAUGCCUAUGAUUCUGAAAGAAUGGAGGAAGGAGUUUAACCUCAAGAAAGAUUUGAUGAGAACCAUUCCAAUUUGGGUAAAAUUUCCCAUGUUGCCCCUUCACCUUUGGGGAAAAUCAAAUCUGAGCAAGCUAGCUAGUGCUAUUGGUAUUCCCUUAGUGACAGAUGAGUGCACUGCUAGCAAAUUGCGGGUAUCCUAUGCAAGAGUCCUAAUUGAAGUUGAUAUCACCCAAAAACUGGUAGAGGAAAUCAGUAUUAAGGAUAAGGAAAGCAACACGGUUAUCCAAAGGAUAGAAUAUGAAUGGAGGCCUAAAUUCUGUCCAAGUAAGGAAACAGCAGGCACAACGACCCUAAAAACUCUUGGGAUUGUGAAGACAACUGACACUGUGACUACUCCAAAAAGAAUUAGUACUGAUAGAAGACAUCAAUCCCUGGUUUAUGGAUCAACUGAGGAAGGGAUUUGGAAACAGGGCAAAAGCAGAAAUCUUCUUAAAGACCAUGCUAAAGAUGCAAUGGAUAUACACUGUGAGAAUGGUUAUGGGGUACUAGGGGGUUUAAAUGAGCCUCUAGUAAUAGAUAGAGGACCAUUCUAG